GUGAAUUGACAAAAUGUUAAAGGAUUUUUUCGAUAGAGUUAAAAAUUACUUUUUUGAUCAAUUUCAAACUAAUGAAUUUGCUUACGUUUUAUAUCCGUUUUUGCGCAUUUUUAAAUUAUUUGGUUUUCUACCGGUGCAGCUGGAACCAAAGGAGCUGUUAAAUGAGAAUUAUAAAUUUAAAUUGGACAAAUGGUCGCUUGUGGCCACUUUUAUUGGAUCAACUAUUUUUAUUGUUGGAUUCUAUUUUGGCGUCAUUCAUUUGAGCAUGACCAAGAAUUUGGACAAACUCCAUGAAAGCACGGUUAUUGCAUACUUUACCACCUGGGGCCAAAUAGUUUUCCUGUUCGUCCUGGCCUCCUAUGGCUUGCUCAAUACCUGGUUUAAUAUCUCUAAAAUGCAUGGUUUAUUUUUAUGGAUUUCAAAGAUAGAUCAUCAGCUGGAGGCGGUUACGGGACGGGAGCUAAACUAUACGCAUAUGCGUAAAAAGUUAUUUUUACAAUUCUUUGUAGUCUUCUUGGUGCCCAGUUGUUUGUCGAUGGUGAAUUGUAUUGUCAUACAUUUUGGUCCGGAUAAAAUUGAUAUAUUCUCCACAUGCUUUUGGUUCGUGUGUUUUGCUCCCAUUUUACUGCUGACAUUUAAGGAGUUUCAGUUUUACAAUUUAAUGUUUGUGCUCAAAACAAAAUUUGAUAUUAUCAACAAGGAAUUGCUGCAAUAUGGGGGAGAUAAUUUACUUUCCUGUCGUAAAGCGGCCAAGAAAGAUGUGUUGAACUCCCUUAAACCAGCAUGUUCAACAGAUAUUGUUAGAAAAUUGUUGGAAAUCUAUUCAAAUACCGCCGAUUGUGUGGAUUUACUGUUGAAAGUAUUUGGCUGGCAUUUGCUGCUAUUGACCAGUGCAUCGUUUGGUGUUAUUACGGUGCAGGGUUAUAAUCUGUUUGCCGCCUUGAUUGUGCAUUCCAUGGAAAUGGACGGUUAUCAGUUGACUGUGGUAAUGGGCUGGAUUUUAGUACAAAUUCUGAUUAUUGGCUUAAAUGUUGGCACUUGUGGCAUGACUUCAAAGGCAAUGGCUUUAACUGGUCCCUUGCUGCAUCGCAUCAAGACAAAUUCGCUGACAAACUGUAGUUUCUAUUUAAAUGUACAAUUAUUUUCCCAUGAAGUUAUGCAUCGCAAACAUAAUUUUACUGCUGCUGGUUUCUUUGAUAUGGAUUACAAACUAAUAACUUCGAUUAUUGCCGCUGUUACUACUUAUCUUUUGAUUAUCAUACAAUUUCAUUUUAGCAGCCUACAAAAGAAAAUUCCCUCAACGUGAAAACAUUCAACAACAG